CCGCGCCCGCGUCGGUGCGCAGCGCUCGAGCCCCGGCCCUGCGAGAGUGAGCCGCCCGCCGCGGCCCGCGAGCGCCCGGCCGCCGGUCCCCGCCGUCCCCACACCGGUCCCCGCCGCCCCGGGCUCGCCACCAUGGGGCUCCGGCUCGGCGUCUGGCUGCUGCUGCUGCUCGCCGACCUCCUGCUCCACGAGGAGAGCAGCCGGGCCGCUGCGAAGGGUGGCUGCGCUGGCUCUGGCUGUGGGAAAUGCGACUGCCACGGAGUGAAGGGACAAAAGGGAGAAAGAGGCCUCCCGGGUUUACAAGGUGUCAUCGGGUUUCCGGGGAUGCAGGGACCCGAGGGGCCGCAGGGACCACCAGGACAAAAGGGUGACACCGGAGAACCAGGACUGCCAGGGACGAAAGGGACAAGAGGACCCCCAGGAGCAUCUGGUUACCCUGGAAACCCGGGACUUCCUGGUAUUCCUGGCCAAGAUGGUCCCCCGGGUCCCCCAGGUAUCCCAGGAUGCAACGGGACGAAGGGUGACAGAGGGCCUGUUGGGCCUCCGGGUUUGCCUGGAUUCGCUGGAAAUCCCGGACCACCGGGGUUACCAGGAAUGAAGGGGGACCCCGGUGAAAUCCUCGGCCAUGUACCUGGGACCCUGCUGAAAGGCGAAAGAGGGUUCCCUGGACCCCCCGGAGCGCCGGGCUCACCAGGACUGCCAGGGCUGCAAGGCCCCGUCGGCCCUCCGGGAUUCACGGGCCCUCCCGGUCCCCCAGGCCCUCCCGGCCCUCCAGGUGAAAAGGGGCAAAUGGGCUUGAGUUUCCAAGGGCCAAAAGGUGACAAGGGUGAGCAAGGGGUCAGUGGGCCCCCCGGCGUGCCGGGGCAAGCUCAGAUGAAAGAGAAGGGAGACUUCGCCACCAGAGGAGAGAAGGGUCAAAAAGGUGAACCUGGAUUUCAGGGCAUGCCAGGGGUCGGAGAGAAAGGCGAACCCGGGAAACCAGGGCCCCGAGGAAAGCCGGGAAAAGACGGUGAAAAGGGAGAAAAAGGGAGCCCAGGAUUUCCAGGCGAUUCAGGCUACCCAGGACUCCCAGGCCGAGAGGGUUUAAAGGGAGACAAAGGUGAAGCAGGCCCCCCAGGCCCACCUGGAAUUGUUAUCGGCACAGGACCCUUGGGAGAGAAAGGAGAGCGAGGGUACCCAGGGGCUCCGGGGCUGAGAGGAGUGCCUGGUCCCAAAGGUUUCCCAGGACUACAAGGCCAGCCAGGCCCUCCAGGCUUCCCGAUACCGGGCCAGCCUGGCGCCCCCGGCUUCCCCGGUGAAAGAGGACAGAAAGGUGACCAGGGUUUUCCAGGCGUGUCGUUGCCCGGACCAGGUGGAAGAGAUGGGCUCCCGGGCCCCCCUGGCCCUCCCGGCCCCCCUGGGCAGCCAGGCCACACAAAUGGACUCGUGGAGUGCCAGCCAGGACCGCCUGGCGACCAGGGUCUUCCCGGAAGUCCAGGGCAGCCGGGGUUGACGGGUGAGGUUGGAGAAAAAGGUCAAAAGGGAGAGAGCUGCCUCAUUUGUGACACCACAGGACUUCGUGGGCCCCCUGGGCCACAGGGACCCCCCGGAGAAAUAGGUUUUCCGGGACAGCCAGGGGCCAAGGGGGACAGAGGCUUACCGGGCAGGGAUGGCCUUGAAGGAUUGCCGGGCCCGCAAGGUACACCAGGACUGAUGGGCCAGCCGGGAGCCAAGGGAGAGCCUGGCGAGAUCUACUUCGACAUGCGACUCAAGGGUGACAAAGGAGACCCGGGUUUCCCGGGCCAGCCCGGGAUGCCAGGCAGAGCAGGCUCUCCCGGAAGAGAUGGCCACCCGGGUCUGCCUGGCCCCAAAGGCUCCCCGGGUUCAGUGGGAUUAAAAGGAGAACGUGGCCCCCCAGGCGGAGUUGGAUUCCCAGGCAGUCGUGGUGACAUCGGCCCUCCUGGGCCCCCAGGGUUUGGCCCUAUUGGCCCCGUUGGUGACAAAGGACAGGCGGGCCUUCCGGGAAGCCCUGGGUUCCCAGGCCAGCCAGGUCCCAAGGGCGAAGCAGGAAAAGUCGUUCCCUUACCUGGUCCCCCCGGAGCAGAAGGACUUCCGGGGUCUCCCGGUUUCCAAGGGCCCCAAGGUGACCGAGGUUUUCCUGGGACCCCGGGAAGGCCAGGCCUCCCGGGAGAGAAGGGCACUGUGGGCCAGCCAGGGAUUGGAUUUCCAGGGCCUCCUGGUCCCAAAGGCGUCGAUGGUUUACCUGGAGAUCCUGGACCUCCUGGGGUUCCGGGUCGCCAAGGAUUCAAUGGCUUACCUGGCAACCCAGGUGUGCCCGGCCAAAAGGGAGAGCCUGGAGUUGGUCUGCCAGGACUCAAAGGCCUGCCAGGACUUCCCGGCAUUCCCGGCACACCCGGGGAGAAGGGAAACAUCGGGGGACCAGGCGUUCCCGGGGAGCAUGGUGCAAUCGGCCCCCCGGGCCUUCAGGGAAUCAGAGGUGACCCAGGACCGCCUGGACUGCAAGGGCCCAAAGGAGCCCCAGGAGUCCCCGGAAUAGGCCCCCCUGGAGCGAUGGGACCCCCUGGAGGACAGGGACCCCCAGGAUCAUCAGGCCCUCCUGGACUGAAAGGAGAGAAGGGCUUCCCCGGAUUCCCAGGCCUGGACAUGCCGGGCCCCAAAGGAGACAAAGGGUUGCAGGGGCUCCCCGGCCUGACGGGACAGACGGGGCUGCCUGGCCUUCCCGGACAGCAGGGCACGCCCGGCCUCCCCGGGUUUCCAGGUCCCAAGGGAGAGAUGGGCGUCAUGGGGACCCCGGGGCAGCCCGGCUCGCCAGGACCAGUGGGCGUGCCAGGAUUGCCGGGUGAAAAAGGGGACCAUGGGUUCCCAGGCUCCUCAGGACCCAGGGGAGACCCUGGCUUCAAGGGUGAUAAGGGAGAUGUCGGUCUCCCUGGCAAACCAGGGUCCAUGGAUAAAGUGGACAUGGGCAGCAUGAAGGGCCAGAAGGGAGACCAAGGGGAGAAAGGACAGACUGGCCCAACCGGUGAUAAAGGAUCCCGGGGAGAUCCCGGAACCCCAGGAGUGCCCGGAAAGGACGGCCAGGCAGGACUUCCUGGGCAGCCAGGACCUAAAGGUGACCCAGGCCUAAGUGGAACCCCAGGUGCUCCGGGACUUCCUGGACCCAAAGGAUCUGUUGGUGGCAUGGGCCUGCCAGGAACACCCGGAGAAAAAGGUGUGCCUGGCAUUCCCGGCCCACAGGGCGUCCCUGGCUUACCUGGAGAGAAAGGAGCAAAAGGAGAGAAAGGACAGGCGGGUCCACCUGGCAUUGGAAUUCCUGGACUGCCGGGGGUCAAGGGAGACCAAGGGCUGGCAGGCUUUCCCGGAAGCCCCGGAGAUAAGGGGGAGAAAGGAAGCGCCGGGCUCCCGGGGGUGCCUGGGUCUCCGGGCCCCAAGGGGUCCCCGGGCAGUGCUGGUUACCCAGGAAGCCCUGGGUUGCCUGGAGAGAAAGGUGACAAAGGUCUUCCCGGAUUGGAUGGCAUCCCUGGCGUCAAAGGAGAAGCAGGUCUUCCUGGACAGCCUGGCCCCACGGGCCCCGCCGGCCAGAAAGGAGAGCCCGGCAGUGACGGAAUCCCGGGGUCGGCAGGAGAGAAGGGUGAACCAGGUCUACCCGGAAGAGGGUUACCAGGGUUUCCCGGGACCAAAGGAGAGAAAGGUUCAAAGGGCGACGUGGGUUUCCCUGGAUUGGCUGGGAGUCCAGGAAUUCCUGGAUCCAAAGGAGAGCAAGGAUUCAUGGGUCCUCCGGGGCCACAGGGACAGCCGGGAUUGCCAGGAGCCCCUGGCCGUGCGGUGGAGGGGCCCAAAGGAGACCGAGGACCGCAGGGACAGCCUGGGCUGCCAGGGCUUCCGGGACCCAUGGGGCCUCCAGGGCUCCCCGGGCUUGAUGGACUGAAAGGCGACAAAGGAAACCCAGGCUGGCCGGGGGCUCCUGGUGCUCCAGGGCCCAAGGGAGACCCCGGGUUCCAGGGCAUGCCUGGGAUUGGUGGCUCUCCAGGAAUCACAGGUUCUAAGGGUGACAUGGGACCUCCAGGAGUUCCAGGGUUUCAAGGUCAGAAAGGCCUCCCUGGCCUUCAGGGAGUGAAAGGUGACCCCGGAGACCAAGGGUUCCCUGGAACGAAAGGUCUUCCCGGCCCCCCCGGCCCCCCAGGUCCCUACGACAUCAUCAAAGGGGAGCCAGGGCUUCCUGGGCCUGAGGGCCCCGCGGGUCUGAAAGGCCUUCAGGGACCUCCAGGCCCCAAAGGACAGCAAGGUGUGACAGGAUCGGUGGGCUUACCUGGGCCGCCAGGUAGUCCCGGGUUUGACGGCGCCCCCGGCCAGAAAGGAGAGAUGGGACCCUUUGGGCCUCCUGGUCCCAGAGGCUUCCCGGGGCCGCCGGGCCCUGAUGGGUUGCCGGGAUCCAUGGGUCCCCCGGGCACCCCGUCUGUGGAUCACGGCUUCCUGGUGACCAGGCACAGUCAGACGAUAGACGACCCCCAGUGCCCUCCUGGGACCAAGAUCCUCUACCACGGCUACUCCCUGCUCUACGUCCAGGGCAACGAGCGGGCGCACGGCCAGGACCUGGGCACGGCCGGCAGCUGCUUGCGCAAGUUCAGCACGAUGCCGUUCCUGUUCUGCAACAUCAACAACGUGUGCAACUUCGCCUCCCGCAACGACUACUCCUACUGGCUGUCCACACCCGAGCCCAUGCCCAUGUCCAUGGCGCCCGUCACGGGGGACAGCAUCCGGCCCUUCAUCAGCAGGUGUGCGGUGUGUGAGGCGCCGGCCAUGGUGAUGGCGGUGCACAGCCAGACCAUUCAGAUCCCAGAGUGCCCCGCCGGCUGGUCCUCGCUCUGGAUUGGCUAUUCCUUUGUGAUGCACACCAGCGCAGGCGCAGAAGGCUCUGGCCAGGCCCUCGCCUCCCCCGGCUCCUGCCUGGAGGAGUUCAGAAGCGCGCCGUUCAUCGAGUGCCACGGCCGCGGGACCUGCAACUACUAUGCAAACGCUUACAGCUUUUGGCUCGCCACCAUAGAAAGAAGCGAGAUGUUCAAGAAGCCCACGCCGUCCACGUUGAAGGCCGGGGAGCUGCGCACGCACGUCAGUCGCUGCCAAGUGUGUAUGCGGAGAACAUAACAACGCCGGCCCUCAGCUGUCUUCACAACAUGGUGCUACUCCCUCCUCCCCUCUUCUUCCUCUAACAGCAACGAACCCUAGAAGUAUAUCCUGUGUACCUCACUGCCCAGUAUGAAACCGUAAGGUGCCUUGUAGGAGUCUGCGUAACUAACCCACCUGCUUCGUUGGCCUCCACUCGCUGAAGGAGGGUCAGAGACCACGAUGAGCUGUCCAUAGUGACGUCCCAAGUGGCACUUCUGAUGAAAUAAAAGAUAUGUCUGUUCUCCAGUCCAGUGCACUGAUGUGUGAAGUGAGACCCGUCAGAAAACCCAAGGGUGCUAGGAGGUGUAAACGCCCGUUUUCACUCUGGUAUGCUAGCAGAUCCAGUUUCCACCCGACGGCAUGUCUGUUUAGAUCACUGUCUAGCUGUCUCAAAAUCCAGGUCCCUCAGUCUGUACAAAUAAUAGUCCUGUAAAGACAGUGUUUGGAACCUCCGAAGGGAAGUCUGGGCUCAGCAGCCCCGUCUUCCGCCCCGGCCCCCACCCCAUCAAGAAAAGUUUCGGUCUUUCCGCUCCGUGUGGUACUUUGCAGCUGCUUUUGCAGAAAUCACGGAUUUCCUGAGGGUCCCCAAGGUAGGCAGAAGUGAAAUAUAUAUAUAUAUUUUAGUAAUUUAUAUAGAUGUCAGCAGUUAGGCAGGUCACGUUUUCGUUUCAUUUCCACUGUUGAAAUAAAGCUCACAUAGUUUCUUCCUUUAAAAGCCUGUGUUGUCCUUUAACGUAGAGUUUAAACACUAGGGUAUUGAAUGUGAAACAUCAGGUUUUCAUUGUUCACCUCCAGACCGAAAGUGGUGUAUUGCCAAAGCCAAACCCAGGCUCACGGACGCGGUGUCUGUUACAGUGAAGCAUGUACUUUGAGCUUCUUGUCUUUGUUCUGUAUGAGUAUCUUCAGGGUUUGAAACACUAAUCACAAACUGAAUAACUUGACUUCAAAAGCAACAACCUUAAAAAGGCCUUCGUUUUAUUAGUAUUCCUCAUUCUGCAGCCCGGUGUGAAAAACAGCUCUGUUGAAUCAGAGUAUCAGUAUUUUUACCUGUAAGCACAUUUCAGGCGGCUUCCUUGGUUUUUCACGAGCUGCGUUCAGACUUCAGCAGGGGAACAAAUGGAUCGCAGGAGAGCAGAUUCGGACCACUGUGCCUGAAGUGACCUUUCAGUAAAAGUCUCCAAAGCGUUUUUAAGACUACUAAGGCCUUUUGUGUAAUUUCUUUAAAUGUGUAUUUCUUAAAAAUUCAAAUUUGUAAUAAAGCUGUUUGUAUAAAAAUUAA